AUGAACAAUAACAAAUCAUUGCAAAUGGAAGAGGAUAGAGGCAGAAGCACUUUUGAUGAUCACAACAAUAAGGAGAGCAAUCACUCCAGAAGAAAUUAUCAUGGUGACUAUAAUGAUAGAAGGUCUCGAGACGAUGUAGAUAACCGAGAGAGACGACACAGUGGUGGAAGAAGUAAUUAUAAUAACUAUAACUCCUCUGCAAAUGGAUCUACAUCAUCAGGUGGUAAUUCUACAAAUAACUAUCACUCUAGUAAACAUCAUUCUUCUAGCAGUAAUUCUAACGCUAGCAGCAGUAGUAACUCUUCGUAUCAUCACCACAGAAGCAAUAAUAGUACCACUCAUCACAAUAGUACAUCAUCAUCAUCAAAUAAUACAUCAUCAUCUACUCAGAAUGGAGAAAGAAGACCUCCUCCACCAACAACAACAACUACAACAACAAAGGAUUCAUCUUCUCAUCCUCCACCUCCUCCAGUAGUUUUAAAUGGUACUCAAAAGCCUCAUCCAACCGAUAAUACAACAACACGUGUACAAAAUAAUAAUAAUAAUACUACAACUAUUAAACCUAACAACAAUAACUUUACUAGACCAAAUCCUCCUAGAAAUCCACUCGCUGAAAGGUUUCAACAUAUUGAAAAAGAUGAAGGUAAAGUAGGAGAAGGCACUUAUGGUGAAGUAUUCAAAGCUGUUGAUAAGCGUGAUAACAGUUUGGUAGCUAUUAAAAAGAUUAGAAUUGAUCCACAAAGAGAGAAGGAAGGUUUUCCAAUCACAUCCAUUCGUGAAAUUAGAAUUUUGAAGGAAAUUGAACAUAAAAACAUUGUAAAAUUGCUUGAUGUUACGUGGAAUUCAAAAGGUACCUUCUUCCUGGUUUUUGAAUACGUGGAUCAUGAUUUGGCAGGAUUGAAUGCUAAAGGACACAGAUUCGAUGAAGACGAACUUCGUUCUAUCAUGUAUCAACUCCUAAAUGCUCUUCAUUGCUGCCAUUCUCGAGAUAUUAUGCACAGAGAUUUAAAGGCAUCAAAUGUUCUCAUCAAGAAGGAUGGUACUUUGAAGCUUGCCGAUUUUGGUUUAUCAAGAAUUGCACAGAAAAACAAACAAGAAUAUACUAAUAGAGUUGUAACUCGUUGGUAUCGUCCACCUGAAUUACUGUUAGGAGCAACAACUUAUGAUUAUGCUGUUGAUAUGUGGUCAGUGGGAUGUAUUCUUGGUGAAAUGCUUUUACCUUUUGCUGGUGAAAAGGAACCAAAAGCACUCUUUCCUGGUUCAGAUGAUGUGAAUCAGCUUGAAAAGAUAUUUGAAUGGUGUGGUACUCCUUCAACGGAAGAAUGGGCUGAGGUUGAAAAUCUUGCUCAUUGGAAUGCUCUUAAACCAAAAGAAUCAAAGAAGAGAAGACUCUUGGAAAGAUUUGCAAACUUGAAAUCAUGCUCAAAGAAGGUUUUAGAUUUACUUGAUAAGCUUCUUGUGCUUAAUCCUGCCAAACGAUUAACAACCAAUGAAUGCUUAAAUCACGACUGGUUCUGGGAAAAGGGUUCCACAACCAAUAUCAAACUCAAAAAUCUUCCUUCAACAGCUACUAAUGAAUUCCUUACAAGAAAGAAGGGUGAUAACAAACCAAAUGCACCUUCACAUCAAUUACCAGGUUCUACCAGUGUCCAACAGUUGCCACACAAUAUUAAUCAGAGCUAUGGUGUUUCAUCUACAUCAUCCUCUCAUCCACCAUUUGGUAGUAGUAAUGGUAACAGACAUUCCUAUAAUCCCUCUCACCAUCAUCAAUCGUCACACCAUAGCAGUCAUCAUUCGAACACUAGCUCCUCUCACCAUAAUGGUAGCUCACAUCAUAAUAGUCACCACCAUCACCAAUCAUCACAUCACCACUCUAGUAGCUCACAUCAUGGCUCAACUGGUUCAGGUCAUUCCAAUAAUUAUCAUCGUGACAAUAGGCAUCACCAUGAUCCUCCUCAAAGAAAUAACCAAUUAGCACCUCCAAAUAAGAAGGUUAAAUAUUAA